CGAAGUUGAGACUGGUCACAGCUCAGGCGGCCCUAGAAGCUUCUACCACAAGGGAUGAAAACUGGCUGGCUGCUGCAGCUUUGAAAGCCCCAAACACCUCUGAACAGGUUUCUCUCUUGGGUGGCUUUUAGACUCUCUUGACCUGCUCCUGAGGAAACACUACUUUCCUGGUCCUUGCUCAGCCAUGAACCAACCAGACCUAGCUGAUGACCCCGAUCCCAGCCCUGAACUCCCGUGCAUUGUGUGUGGCCAGCACCACUCUCCCGAGGAAAACCACUGCUACACCUACACGGAAGACGUUGACGAUGACCUCGUCUGCCACAUCUGCCUGCAAGCAUUGCUGGACCCUCUGGACACGCCGUGCGGACACACCUACUGUACCCUGUGUCUCACCAACUUCCUGGUGGAGAAAGACUUUUGCCCUGUGGAUCGCAAGCCUGUGGUUCUGCAGCACUGCAAGAAGUCCAGCAUCCUGGUCAACAAGCUUCUUAACAAGCUGCUGGUCACCUGCCCGUUUCCAGAGCACUGCACCGAGGUGCUGCAGCGCUGCGAUCUCCAGCAUCAUUUCCAGACAAGCUGCAAAGGUGCCUCCCACUAUGGCCUGACCAAGGACCGGAAAAGACGCUCACAAGAUGGCUGCACCGAUGGCUGUACCAGCCUCACAGCAAUGCCACUCACCUCAGAGGUUUCGGCCGCUGCCACCAUCUCUUUAAUGACCGACGAGCCUGGCCUAGACAACCCUGCCUACGUGUCCGCAGUGGAGGAGGUAGCCAACCUCUCGGACUCUGGCCGGAGCAACCGAACCAGGGCCCGGCCCUUUGAGCGCUCCACCAUGAGAAGCCGAUCUUUCAAAAAGAUCAACAGAGCUCUGAGUGUUCUUCGAAGGACAAAGAGCGGGAGUGCUGUUGCCAACCAGGCCACCGACCAGGGCAGGGAGAACUCUGAGAACGCCACUGCCCCUGAAGCCUUCCCAAGGUUGUACCACCUGAUUCCAGACGGGGAAAUAACAAGCAUCAAAAUCAAUAGAGUGGAUCCCAGUGAAAGCCUCUCCAUCAGGCUGGUGGGGGGCAGCGAAACUCCGCUGGUUCACAUCAUUAUUCAGCAUAUUUACCGUGACGGAGUGAUUGCCAGAGACGGACGGCUGCUGCCGGGAGACGUCAUUCUCAAGGUCAAUGGAAUGGACAUCAGCAAUGUCCCUCAUAACUACGCCCUGCGGCUCCUGCGGCAGCCCUGCCAGGUGCUGCGGCUCACGGUACUGCGCGAGCAGAAGUUCCGUAGCAGAAGCAAUGGACAAACACUCGAGUCCUAUGGACCUCGGGACGACAGCUUCCAUGUAAUUCUCAACAAAAGCAGCCCUGAGGAGCAGCUUGGCAUAAAGCUGGUGCGCAGGGUGGACGAGCCUGGCGUGUUUAUCUUCAACGUGCUGAAUGGCGGUGUCGCCGACCGACACGGCCAGCUGGAGGAGAAUGACCGUGUGCUGGCCAUCAACGGACAUGACCUUCGGUUCGGCAGUCCGGAAAGUGCAGCUCAUCUGAUUCAGGCCAGUGAAAGACGCGUUCACCUCGUCGUGUCCCGCCAGGUUCGACAGCCUAGUCCAGACAUCUUUCAAGAAGCUGGCCAGAUCAACAAUGGCCGGUGGUCCCCAGGCCCAGGGGAGAGGAACACAGCUUCUAAGCCCCUCCAUCCUGCAGCCACUUGUCAUGAGAAGGUUGUAAGUGUCCGAAAAGACCCCAGCGAAUCUCUCGGCAUGACCGUUGGAGGGGGAGCAUCACACGGGGAAUGGGACUUGCCUGUCUAUGUCAUCAGUGUUGAGCCCGGAGGAGUCAUAAGCAGAGAUGGAAGAAUAAAAACAGGUGACAUUUUAUUGAAUGUGAACGGGAUUGAGCUCACAGAGGUCAGCCGGACAGAGGCCGUUGCCAUAUUGAAGAGCACCUCCUCCUCAGUGGUACUCAGAGUCUUGGAAGUCAAGGAACCAGAGCCCCAGGAAGACUGCAGCCCAGAAGCCCUGGACUCCAACCACAACGUGACCCCGCCUGGUGACUGGUCCCCAUCCUGGGUCAUGUGGCUGGAAUUACCACAGUACUUGUAUAACUGUAAAGAUGUGACCCUAAGGAGGAACACAGCAGGAAGUCUGGGCUUCUGCAUUGUAGGAGGUUACGAAGAAUACAAUGGGAACAAACCUUUUUUUAUCAAAUCCAUUGUGGAAGGAACACCAGCAUACAAUGAUGGAAGGAUCAGAUGUGGUGACAUUCUUCUCGCUGUCAACGGUAGGAGUACGUCGGGCAUGAUACACGCUUGCUUGGCAAGGACACUCAAAGAACUUAAAGGAAGAAUUACUCUCACUAUUGCUUCUUGGCCUGGUACUUUUUUAUAAAAUCAAUGAUGGAUCUUAGAAAACAGAAAAAAGAUCACAGAUAGGCUUCGUAAAACUGUAUUUAUCUUGUCAAUUUUUAUAUUUAAAGAAAAUAUUGUAAAAAAAAUGCCAGGAAAAGUAUGAUAUUAUGGAAACAAGUUGUACUUGGAGAACGUUUUCAAAAAUAAAAACUGAUGUUUUGUUUUAGUACGGAGGAUCUCAUCACUCCAAACCUUUAAGUUUAUAUUUUUCUAUUCAAUAAAAAUCUAGAAUGGUUUCUAUGACACAAUUCAAAUCAAUUAAAAAUAUGAUAUAUGUGGAGUUCAAAAAGAGAGCACAUUACAGGCAUUUAAAUUUAAUGGCAGAGAAUUUGAAAUGAGAAAUAAAUCUUUUCUAAACGGGA